UAAAGCAUGAACAUAGGAAUGGCUUUUAGCGAUGUUAUAAUUGAUAGUUCAUUUUUUACAUGUUCGGAAUUAUCACUGUGAUUGCUCUGGUAUUCGAAACUGUGAAUAAAUCGUACAAGUUUUACGUCACACACUUUUUAGAUUCGUCCGUGGAUUUUACAAAAUUUGGAAAAUGGGCGAUUGUAACAGGAUCAACGGAUGGCAUUGGGAAAGCAAUAGCACAUGAGCUCGCAAAGCGGAGAAUCAAUAUAUUUCUCAUCAGCAGAAAUUUGGAAAAAUUGACAAAGGUUGCAGAGGAGAUUGAACGUGCUUACAAAGUUGAGACAAAGAUAUUAGUGUUCGACUUCACCAAUUUCGAUCAUUCACCAAGUUCUGGUGAUCCAUAUAACGUAAUAUCAGAAGCAAUAAAAGAUUUAGAUGUAGGAAUUAUGGUUAAUAACGUCGGAAUGCCAAUAGGUAGUGUAGAUGUAUUUCAUAAAUCUGAAAAACCCGGCGAAGCUCUUUCAAAAACGAUUUCUAAUUUGAUCCACUGCAACGCAUCAUCCAGAGUUAAAAUGAUGGAACUUGUUCUUCCCAGUAUGAUCACCAGAAAAAUAGGUUUGAUUAUUAACAUCUCUUCUUUGUCGGCUGGCUUCGCAUUCCCCGUACUCAACACAUACGCUGCAACAAAGCGUUUUGAUGAUACUUUAUCAGUUUCUCUUGCGCAAGAAUACAGAAAGCACGGCGUCAUAAUUCAAAGUGUUCAACCAGGAUUUGUGCAAACCAAUAUGACGAGACCUUUAGGAUCCUCCACCAAUUUAAUUUAUCCGACGGUUACAACUUACGUCCAUCAUAUGAUGAAAACUAUUGGAAAGUCUGAUUGCACGAACGGAUAUUGGGCGCACACCAUUUCGCUAUGGUUAACCACGAUACUACCAGAGGAUAUAACGGGGCGGGCUCUGUUCAAAUACUUCAUGAAGGUUGGGAAACGACUGAAAUCUCGAAACACAAAGUAGAAAUGAAUUUGUGAAUGAAAUUACGUGCUAUGUAUAAUAAAUUUAAUUUUAUGUUUUUUCAUUGUCAACAAUUUUCGGAUGUUGUCAUGGUUCCCGUCUAAUUGAAUAUCCACAAAUGCUACAUUUUCAAACUGAAAUGUGACUAAUGAAUCACGCCAGUGUUUGAAAUCAAAGCACAAAAUCGGGCGGAUGCUUUCCGCAAUGAUUUCUAUUAGACAAUUCUUAUGUAUAACCAUUUUCACCUGAUUUACUCCUAAAUUGGCUAUCCUCAAAUC